AUGGGUCGAUUUGGAGGUUGGAUCAAUCUGAACAGUGAACAGCCUCUUCAGGCAGAGUCCAAGAGCCCUGAAUCUAAUCAUGUGUUUGCGGUAGAUCCUAAAUAUUAUGACUUAGCUGAGGUGAGGAAGGAAUCAAAACUUUGGAGGGCUGCUGAGAAGAAGCAUCCAUGGUAUGAUGCUCCUGCCAAGGUGGAAACAAAAAAGGGUAUUUGUCAUAUGAACAUGCAUUUUACAAUAGGGUUGCCUCCUGAAGCAGUCUAUGAGAUGUUCACUAACCCAAACAACUUACCAUUCUUCAGAGAGGACAAAGCCGGACGCCAACUUCUGGAAAACAAAUCAACAAAGGUUUUGAAGAAGGAUGGACCGAGGCAGACCACGGAAGUGGAGAAAGCUCUAACAUGGAACUUCCUUGGGGAUUCUGGAUCUAUCCCUAUACAUCUAAUUUUCGAUGAAAACCAUCAAAAUCUUUCGGCAAAAUAUACAACAAAGAAAUUUAAAUUCAUGAAAGUGUUGGAGGGAAGUUGGAAAGUGGAACCAGAGUACGUAGAUCAGGAACGUUUGUGCAAGACAAGGUUGCCGAAGAGUCGACAAGAAUACAGAAUAUGUAGUGGCGGACAAGGAAAGGUUGGAUCGAAGGUGACUAUGGAGCAACGUUUUCAGCCUUCUUCUCUUCUUAAUUUGCCGCCAGUUUCUUGGCUCAUCCGUUGGAUCACCAUCAAAACCACCAAGAACCUGCUUGACGAUCUUAGAAAAGCGGGUGCCACGUACCGAAGAGUUUGA